CUAUAGAUUAUUUGUUCAUCGUCCCCUCUUUAAGCAAAGAGGCAUGCUUUGUUUCGAGUUCUGCCAGGGCAACGAGCUGUGGAACCUAUCCAGGCUCAAAUUCUCUACUAGUGGAGGACUGGCUUAACCUGAUGGGGCACGAACUGGAGCAGGCUAAAUUAUCGUCCAAGACGCGUUCUGACCGCCAGAUCCAAGACCCCGCGAUUACAAUAUUUCUACAACGCGUCAUUUAGUCCUAGGACCAAAAAACAAAAAAAAAAGGAAGAUUGCAAGAUGAGAGUAAACUUCAGUGAGCCAGCCACGCCGGCGAUGAGUCGACAGACCUCCAGGCUGUUCGCUCCGCAUCACCAGCGCACGGGGACAUAUCCGCACCUGCUCACUGCGCGUCGCAAGCCCCGCCGGUGGCCGCUUGUUUUCCGAUUCGUGAAAGGCGCCAUUCACGGCGCCAUCAUAUUGUCUGUGAUAUUCCACGCGCUGUUUACGUCUUUCAUUGUCUAUCUAGACCAAUAUGUUUUUGACACCGUCGGGCUCCCCAGUAGCAUAAUCCCGUCAUUGUCAAUAGUGGUCGGUUUGAUGCUGGUCUUCCGCAACCAAACCUCGUAUAACCGAUUCUGGGACGGUCGCAACGCCACAACGACUGUCUACACAUGCAUUCGAAACCUGGUCCGCACGACUAUCACCAAUGGCUACAGCACGAAGCGGCCGCUGAACGAGGCGGAAAAGCAUGACAUCGAGCGCACAAUUCGAACGCUGAUGGCUAUGCCGUAUGCUAUCAAAAAUCAUCUCCGCGCGGAGUGGGGCGCUACUCUGGCACUGGGAGACGACGUCGGAGAGAACGGCAUCGCUAAGUACGAUUCUGAUUAUGCGAGUUUGCUACCUGCAGAUGUGGAGGGCCAUGAGGACGAGGGACUGGGCUUGCCCUUCCAAUUAACCUUUUUUAUCGACGGCUUUAUCAAGCGAGGCGUCGAGAGGGAAUGGUUCAAUGCGCCCGCGGCAAGUCAAAUGCAGGCACAGCUAAAUACGCUGGUAGACGCCUACGGAAAAAUGGAAACAAUCAAACUGACCCCUAUCCCAGUGGCGCAUCUGAUCCACCAAAAACAAGUCCUGGCUCUAUUCGGCUGCGUUAUCCCAUUCGGGAUGGUGGACGACCUUGGCUGGUGGACAGUCCCUAUCGCCAGUCUGGUGAUCUUCACGCUGUACGGAAUUGAGGGCAUUGGGUCGCAGCUGGAGGACCCAUUCGGAUACGACCGCAAUGACAUUAAAAUGGAUGCCAUUGCGGGUGACGCCAAGACCGAGAUCGACGCCGUACUCGGUGAAUGGCGGAGAUUGAUGGCAACGGUCCAGCCGUUAGACCGAACUGGGGAUGGCUCGGUGGACGAUAAAUAUGUGCCGCCGGAGAUGUUCAUCAGGAUCAAACCACGGCCGGGGCGGCAGCACUAAUGCCCCCAUUACGCGGGGGGUAUCCCCGGAUCUUACAUAUCAAAUGCGGAAGACACGAGAGUAGGAUUGAAUCGAACAGUUACAAGAAUAUUGAGAUUGGGCCGUCGGCUAACCCCGAUCGUCAGUGAAAAAGCAUGACGAUCGUCAGGGGUCUACCAUAUGAAGGAAGGAUAAUCGCAUCGACGAUAGAUCCAAGAAAACAAACCAGCGAG